AUGGAGGCUGAACCGGAGGACUCGGACGGGGACGUCCAGCGGGACGGCCGGCUCACCCUGCUGUGGGAGAGACACAUCCAGCAGAGCAUCGUGGUCGACCUGAGUGAGGAUGAGAGUCUCCACCUCAGUGACCUGCAGAGCUCUGUCGCUCUGCGUCUGUCCCGAGCUGAGUCUGAGGCCUCGGAGGCCAGCGUCCACCUCAGAGGCAGUGCAGAGCUGUCAGCCUUCUCCGAAAGCAGCAGCGUCAGCAGCAGAAGUGAGAAAGUGCAAGUCGACAGGGCCAACGGCAGCAUGUGUCAAGUGUCUGCACAAAGACCGAACACCGUGCCAGACGAGCUGCCGGUAAACCAGAGGGCCGAGGACGGAGGAGGGAGCACCAGUGACGAGGAUCAGGAGGAUCUGCCUUACGAUGGGAGUCCUGCAAGCUGCUCCUUCGACCGGACCGCCGGCUCGGAGGGAGACGUGAGCUCCGAGGGACCGCGCACCGUCCGGAGAAGUCCUGAAGCGGCGGAGGCGGCUCCUCGGUGCCCUGCAGACGUCAGCCAGGUGCUGCUGAGACACUUCUCCCAGGAGGAGCUGCUGAGGCCAGGCUGGCUGCUCCAGACCGAGACCCUGCCCGAGGUGUCCCUGCUGGACAGCGUGGACGAGACGGUCCUGAGCUCAGCUAAAACACACCGCAGCGAUGCGAGCCGCUCGGCCGCAGGUCCAGGUUCAGACGAAGAGCCGGGAUCAGCCGCUGCGGCUGACAGCAGGACGUCCAGCCCCGCAGGUCCAGAUCCACCCCAGACCCCCGAGCAGACCAGAGCAGAGGAGGAGACGCCGCUCCAGAGGGCCCCCCUGCUCCGGACCACUUCCUUCAGUGAGAUGAAGUACGGUCAGGGACAAGUUCACUACCCGCUUCCCGACUUCUCCAAGGUUCAACCUAAAGUUAAAAUCCCCAAAGCUCCAAGCGGAGCAGUCAGACCGGCACUUCAGGGUCCCGGCGUCAUCCUCCGGGCCCAGUCCUCGCCCGGCAUGCUGGACGUGGUGAGCAGAGUCCUGGAGGACUCCUGCGAGCCGCCUGAGAAGCCCUUUGUCUUCACAGAUAGAGACCGGCAGACUCCUCCGGCGCUGGUGCAUCACCUGCAGGCUGAAUAUGAUAAACUACUAACAAAGUACGCCGAAGCAGAGAACAUCAUCGACCAAAUGAGACUAGAGCCCAACACACAGCCCUGCUCUGAUUUGGGGCACGAUGGUCCUGAAGGGUCCGAGUUGGUCCAGGAGAGUCGUCUCAGACGCCCCGCUCCGCCAGGAAGCUCGUCCCUCAGAGGAGACGCAGCCGCCGGCGGCAGCCUGGAGACCACGGCUCGCUGCAGACGUGACGGCGAGGACAAUGAGCCCAGUGACGGCCAGAGAAUGACCUCUGACCUGAGAAGCAUCGUCAGCCAGUUCAUGCGGAAAAUGCUGAGGAGCAUGAUGGAGGCUCAGGACCAGCUGGAGAGAAGCUACAUCAGCAGGAAGGAGGAGCACCGAGCUCUGGAGAUGCAGAACCACAUGGGUCUGUGCAGGAACACAGGAACCUUUGACCCCAGCAGGCUGGUGGAGGGAGACAUCUUCAGGAUCGGGAUGCACCUGGAUGAGAUAAAGGAGGCGAUCGAUAGAAACGUGUGUGAGCAGAUCUCCCCUCCUCACUCCUCCUCCACCCUCCCAUCUGACCCGGCCUCACCUGCGCCGCCCCUCCAGCAGGAAGAAGAGGAGCUGAAGGGCCGAAGCACUGAGCCCAUCUGUGCCGACUCUUCUCUCACAACUCCUGGUCCGAACAGCUGCCUCUCAUGGACGCCUCGCGGUGUGUUGGGGGGGCCGGGGGCGCCGUCAGCCGAGGAUGAGGAGGGCGAUGAAGAGGAGAGGAGCUCCGUCUGGACCGAGGCCAUCGACCACAGCGACAUUCUAGCCUACCUGAGCGCUACCGGGCGGCGGAGCCGGGCCGACAGCCGUCGCAGCCCAGAGGGGGUCCGGAGCCCCGGGGCGGGAUGCGACCCGGGUCACUGCGAGCCGCCCUUCGGUCUGUCUGCGCCUCGUCUCAACGCCUCCUGCUCUCAGAGGAUUGUGAGUCCAGAGACAGACAGUGGAUUCGGGAGCUCCUAUCUGACCCAGUCGUCGUCCGGCCUGUCUCCGCCGCCCCUGCUGGGACGAGCGGAGUCACAGGAUGGAGGUUCAGUGAGCUCCGGCAGCGACGCCUCCAGCCUCCAGGCUGCCUCAGCAGGGGGCCGCGGCGCAGCGUCUGCAGUGGAGCGCUGGGUGGAGAGCACCGCCAAGGAGUCCUCCGUCAGACUGCGAGGAUCUGAGCUGCAGCCGACCGCUCCACCCCAACCCCACACCUCUCCACCUGGUCCCAGCUCCACCAUGGAGACUGAAGAGCCAGGCCCAGCGCUGCAGCCCUGCUCCUGCAACAGUGAGGCCAUCCUGGCCCUGCAGUCCGAGGUGUCCCGGAUGAAGAAGGACCUGGAGGAGGGCUUAGUGCAGCUGCCUCACCUGGCACAGAAGAUGGACUAUCUGACUUCAAAAUACAGGCAGGAGCGAGACGGCCGCAGGUCCAAGACCAGGUCCCACCAAAAGCCUGCCUCAGACAGGUGA